AUGCAGGAGGACGAUCUGGUCGACACAGGGUGCGUCGUGAAGUCCAUGGGGUGCGUCGCGAAGAACAUGCCGCUUAUGGUCCGCACCUUCGCGUAUCUGACGCUGCUCCCGCAGCUCUUGAACUUGGCGUCCGUGUUCCUCCCGAUCGAGUUCCAGGCCCACUGUGGGACCAACACGAACUUGAAGUUCCUAACCCUGCUGAUAUUCCUGGUCUGGGUGUUCCAGAUUGUCUUGGGCGUCAGCGUCAAGCGGGCUCGGCCGCUGCCCCCGUGGCUGUUCCAGGCGCAGAGGAAGGGCCUGAUGUCGACGCUGUGCUACCCCGUCCGCGUCAUCGGCCCGUGA